CCAUUAGUAACCAAACAAUUGUGUUUUACCUCAGCUUUCAAAAAGGCCUUGGAGGCUUCUGCCACCACAACACCCUCCCCAAACGAACUCAUUACAAACGCCGAGGUCUCCCAUAUUUCGCACAUAUUGCCGAGGUCCAUCAGGCAAGCUAGCUAUUGGGAGACCAUGAACAAAGGCCCCAUGAUGAUGAUAACGAACCAGCAAGCGGGUUCUGAUUUGCUUCUUGGGGGUAGCCGCGAGGUUUGUGUGGAACCCCAACACUCGGGACAUCGCCGCCGCAAGCUUUCCAAGUCCAAGUCGAUGGACGAAUCGACUCGCCGACAUUGGGAAUGUCGUCGUCGCCGAAGAAGCAGUUCUCGAUCUAUUCGAAAGACUUGCUCUGCCGGGAGUCUGAUACUGACAACUAGCACAAAAGUGAUGGAUCCAAUGGGAAUUUCAUCAUCUUCCAAUCGCCGAGAUGCCAUGGCGACGGGCUCUCGUCGGUCCAACAACACGCGAGACGCCAUGGCGUGCUCUUCCAACCACGAGAACAUCCCUGCGAGCAGUAGAAUCAGUGUGUCGUCGUCGUCCUCCUCCUCUCGACAAGAGACCAUGGACACUCCACAAUGGAGCUGUGGAUCGUGUGACCAUGACAAUGACGACUGCCACAAGUUUUGUGUGAAUUGUGGAACUGCGAAAACAUGGACGUGUGCGGGGUGCAAUUUUGACAACAACAAGUGCAAAUUCCAAUUUUGUGGCAUGUGUGGAAGUUCCAAGACUAGUACAGAAGCACAAUUGCCAGAAGAAGCAACAGAGGGGGCAGCUGUCGUCGUUCUGGCCGACAAUCAAUGGCAAUGCCGGGGAUGCGAACAAAUCAAUACACGUCCCAACAUUUUUUGUAGCAUGUGUGGCAGCUCCUCCUCCUCCGCUAAACAAGAUAAGGACGACGAUGCGUCACUGUCACCAGGCGACGACGAUGACUUGCCACCAAAGUUUGUCCUUGUCGAUGAAACUGUCAUGGAGGAUCACGAUGCGGACAUUCACUACGUCUCGGCAAACUCCUUGCUGUUUGACGAUAGUAUGGAAUGGUUUUCCGAUUAUGAUGAUGAUGAUGAUGAAGAGUCCGAAUAUUCCGAAUCGGAAGCGGAAAUUUAGAAAUUUACAACUACAGUACAUAAUAAUUAGUUAGACAAACGAUGGGAAACGUUC